AUGGAGGCACUGAAAACUGCGCUGCAACCCUUGCAGCCCAUUACGAACAACUUACCUACUCCCAUUCGCGACCUAGGCGUAUCUAUCAUCGGCGAGACCUGCUACAAGACGUUGAUUCUCGAUCUUGAUCCUACGGAUUCGGAAUGCCUUAAGCUAGCUAUCUCUAAAGGCUUGGGUAUUGGUAUCAUCGGCGCAUCGUCUAUUGUCAAGGUUCCCCAAAUCAUCAAGCUUGUCCAAUCGCAAUCCUCGUCCGGUGUCAGCUUUCUAUCGUAUCUGCUCGAGACCUCGUCCUACCUCAUCUCGCUCGCCUAUAACUUCCGCAACGAAUUUCCCUUUAGCACCUAUGGAGAGACCGCCUUGAUCCUCGGCCAGAAUGUCAUCAUCACCGUCCUCGUUUUGAAUUACAGCGGUAGAGCUAGCAUAGCAGCGCUGUUUGUUGCUGCCCUGGCUACGAGCGUUGUCACGCUGUUCAACGGUGGAAUACUCGAUAUGCAGACUUUGGGCUAUCUGCAGGCCGGCGCGGGAGUGCUUGGCGUAGCUAGCAAGGUGCCUCAAAUUGCUGCUAUCUACCAGGCAGGUGGAACGGGUCAGCUCAGCGCCUUUACAGUCUUCAAUUAUCUUGCCGGCUCGCUCUCUCGAAUCUUCACGACGUUGCAAGAGGUGGACGACAAGUUGAUCUUAUACGGUUUCGUGGCAGGCUUUGCGCUGAACUUGGUCUUGGCUGCGCAGAUGGUCUACUACUGGAAUGCGCCGUCAGCUAAGGUUAGAGGGAAGAUGAAGGAGGCUACUCCUGUUCCAGCUGCCGCUCAGAGCUCUAGCGUUUCUACAGCUACCCCUAAAAGUAAGGGGCCGUCGACACGACGCAGGGGCUGA